UGUAAUUAGCGCGAAGACAACAUCUUCACUCACCUAUAUAUAUUGCAUAUUAUUUGUGAUCAAGGCGCCUGCAAGAAUGGCCAACUAUUCGCCGACAGCGCCUGUCUUGGAUGUCCCUGUCCGACGCCGUCCAUUGGCAUGCCUCCGCUGUCGUCAGCGAAAAGUUCGCUGUGACGGGGCUCUCCCAGCUUGUUCUAAUUGUGCGAAAGUUGGCGUUGAGUGUUUAGAAGGCCAUUCAUUGUCAGCAGUUUCUCGUAGGUAAGUAGCUUUCGAGGUAUUAAGACUGCCGACUGGUAUGGUGGUCAAAAGAAUCAUGCACAAAUUUCUACACUGAUAAGACUUUUUGAGUAUAUUCUGACCAAUUAAUUUCCCAGCCGACUACACUAUCUAGAACAACGCGUGCGUGAACUUGAAGCCAACAAUAACCAGCAGGAGGCCCAAGUAGAUGAUACACAUGGCAAUCAAACAAGAUCAAACCGUUCAUCAAACGAACAAUUGCCCUCUAUUGUCACAUACGACUCAAAAAAUAAUAACGAUUAUGUCUCCUGCUUUUUCGGCGUCCAGCCGAAUUACGCGUGACCAACCCCUCGCACAUGAAGUAGGCAUGCUGUCAUUAUCUAAUGCAAGCGAUCCUAAGUAUUUGGGGCCUUCAUCUGGAGUUUCGUUUGCCCGCUUGAUUUAUGAGAGCGCACCUCAGUCACAGGGUCUACCAUUGUCAUAUAUCCGCGAACGGGAGAAUCAACGAGAGCCGGAGUCCUCGAUAGGCAGGGGGAUACGAAGCACACUUCCUUACGAGAUUCCUACAAUCAAUCUUCCGUCAGGAGCUGAAUGUCAGCAAUAUGCAGAAGCCUACUUUUCUGCCAUGUCAUUAUAUCCUUUUAUUUUGGAAGAGGCAUUUUAUGCGGUUCUCAAUCAUGUUCAGCUAUUUGCGGAGACAUCAACUUGGAAUUUUCGACUUCCAGUAAGGUUGGCGUCGGCUCAGGUUUUUCUCGUCCUAUCACUGGGAGCAUACCUUCUCGAGACUAAGCUUGAUGGCGAUUUCUCAUCCCGUGCCCUGUUUCUAUCGGGUAUGGCGUGCUGUAAUAAUGUUAACCUUCAUGAUAGUAUUGAAGGGGUCCAGAUUCUUUUGUUGAUGGUCCUUCACAGCUUUUACAGCCCAGAAGGUCUUAAUGCAUGGUAUUUAUUACAUACAAUAAUUGCAAGUUGUCUGGACCUGGGGCUACAACGACGUGAUAAUGGUCCUAAUGUCUUGAAUACUCGAAAGCCUGAGUCAGAAAAUAUCCGAAAAAUGCGCUAUCUGCGAUGUGCUAUAUUUUGGUCUGCAUAUUCUAUGGAUCGUACUCUUACGACAAUACUUGGCCGUCCGCUUACCCUUCGAGAUGAAGCCAUUGACCAGGCGUUUCCUGGAAUGGAAAGCAGUGAUGAAGUGGAGGGAUCAGCUACCCAGUGGAAUGAAACAAAUCAAACCUUCUUAGAUGAAGUACCAGCGGCAUACCUGGGAUGCAUAUACUCCCUUCGCUUUGAUCGAAUUGUUGCAGAAAUCAAGUUGAUGAUAUAUCGGGUGUCCCGAUCUCCACGCCGUUUCCCCUGGCCGGAAGAUUUGACGGCUUGGCAGCAAGAAACUGAAAAUUCCUGUACUUCACUCUUUCGAGAAAUUCAAAAUCGUCAACGAGGACGUUCCUUAUCCGUUCAGCUACUAGAGUUAAAAUAUCAUCAAUGUAUAAUGCUUCUUUUCCGCCCCAGUCCACAAAUACCAUCUCCCAGUUUGAGCGCAACCCAAGCCUGUCUGACCAGCGCUAUGGAAAUAAUUCGGAUAUAUGCGGAGUUGAGACGAUUUUCAAACAUGGAAUGCACUUGGCUGACAGCGCAUUCGAUUUUCGUGGCAGCAAUAACUGUUUUAUAUUGUGUAUGGACACAUCCCACCAUGCCGGGAAUAUCUUCAAAAGAAGUGUGUUUGCUUUUAUCCUUCCUUGGGAAAUGGUGGACUGUUGCACAUGAGCCGGAUCAAAAAUUAUCACAGGGCACCAAUUCCAUAGCAACGAAUAUCACAAUCCCAAAUAAUCAGGACGCUGAUCAAGUUGGGACUUCAGCCCCAACUGUCGAAGAAGACAGAUUUGAGGUAUCCCAAGAAGGAGUUUUACGGGACCUUUUUGAUCUAGGCUGGAUGAGUGAUUUCAACCUUAACAGUGCACAGCCCCCUAUCUGGGACUAUAGUCAGUUCAUGGACGAUCUUGAAACAACUGAUGACGCCCGGCUAGGCUAGUCACGUAUUAAUACAAUAGAUUAUGUAUGAUUAUAAU